UUGCUGGCGCUGACGAUGGAAUACAGCUUGGCAAUGGCAACUUGAUCAACGGCUCCACCAUCGAGCCUCCCUCUUGCUUUCCGUCCUCUUCUCCUCCAACCGCCCACCAUCUCAUCUCUCGCACGCACGCACGCACCCGCCAUUGCUGAUUGCACCUCCCCCCAACCCCACCUCCCCGAUGGACGCCGUCGCGUUCCCGCCGCCGCCCGCCCCGUUCCUCGACGACGACCUCGAUUUCGGCGACUUCGCCUUCGCCGAUCCCCAGCCCGCCGCCGCCGCCGCCUUCGACGCCUUCGGCGCCUACGACGACGACUGGGGUGACUUCGUCGACAGCCGCCUCGGAUCCAAUCCGGAUGGUGGCUCGUCGGCGGCGGCCCCGGCGGAGAAGCCGCCCUCCUGGGAGAAGCCGCGGGGCCCGCUCCCCCUCUCCCUGUUCGGCGCCGACGAGGACGAGGAGGAGGAGGAGGGACCGGCCGAGCUGCCGCCGACGGCUGCGGAUCAGCGGGGAGCGUCGCACGCGUCCUCCAAUGGAUCGAAGCCGGCUGAUCUCAAGGACCUCAUCGCCGGCCUCUAUGGAUCUCACCCGCAACCCUCCUCCACCGACGCCGCGGAGGUGGGUACACAGGAGGGGUCAGCGGUAGCGGCGGCGGAGGAGGAGGAGGAGGAUGGUGACGGAUUCGAAGAUGAUGGCUGGGAAUUCAAGGCCGCGGCGCCUUCUUCUUCGUCGGAUGCUGUACAGGAUGGCGGCAGACAAGCCCAUGGGGAUCUUACUCAGGAUGUACCAAAGUCAAUGAGCAGCGACCAGGAGGGCUGGUCAUUAUUUACUAGUGUUAGCGAAAAUUUGAACAAUGUUCAAACUACAGAUCAUGUUGGAACUCGUGAGUCCGCUGGACAAAGUGUGAAGGCCUUUAGUUAUUUUCCACCCAAUAAUGCAGCCAUACUCGACCUGUACAAAGAAAGUGAACCGAUUGAUGCUGUCCACAUUAUGCAAUGUUCUUCAGAAAGUGUGCAAAGCUCUUCUGAUAUGUUCUCUAAUACUGAAAUGAACUCUUCAUUUGGAACAGAUGAAAACCAUUCAAUUAAAUCAGCAAGUGAUAGGAUUUUGAUUGAUUUCUACCAUAAGCUGAGAGAAGAAUCAUUGACGGUAAUAUCCCAGUACAAGAAGGAUCUUAAGGAAAGCCAGAAGAAUUCUAUGCUUUCUGAUGAAAAGAAUGAAGUGAUGACAGAAACUGAAAGGGAGAUUCAGGAAAUUUGCAAGGAAUUACAAGAUUCUUCACUUGCGAAAGGUUUUUGCAAAGAUGAACAUCCUUCAAAGGAUGUUUGCAUUUCUGAGCUGCUUAACAGUGCCAAAGAGGAUCAUUUGAAGGAUUUUGAUAAAGAAUACCAUUUAACAGAAAUAAUAGCAAUGGCACUGGAAGACAUGAGUUCAGCUGUUAAACUCUAUAAGCACAGCGUGUCAAUCCUUCGUACCUUGGAAAUAGCAUCCAAAGAGGAGCAAUGUGAUUAUGUCAGUGCAUGGUACAGUAUGCUUCUGUCCUGUGCCCAAGAAUUGCAGCAUGGUGCGAUGAUUUGGCAGGAAUCUUGUCAUGCAAAUGUUGGCGAAACAGUAAUUUCUCAAGGUGCUCAUUACUUUAUUGCUCUUGGGGAGAUCUACAGAGUUGCACAGAUCUUACAUAUAUCCAUGCUAUCUUUCAAGCCUUGGGUUCUUGCAGAUCCUGGAAUGUUGAGUAAAAUGUUGGUUUGUUGGAACAGCUGCGUUAAUUCAUGGACUAGUGGUUUAGGAAUGGCUCUUACAAUGGUUGUCGACAGCAAGAACUUACAUGCACCUGUUGCUAAAGUUCUUCUCGAGUCUAUCAUCAAUAUUAAUGACAUUGAGGUGCCCAAUCUUCAAAGCUUCCUUCCCAGUGACAAGAUGGCAUGUAAACUUACCCUCUUGCCCACUAGUCUUGUACCUGGAAUGGAGGUCAUCAUUUGGGAUGCCGAUCACUACUUUGUUAAAGUUGCAAAUCUGUGGGCUAAUCAGAUAUCUUCUGACCCUCCCCAGUUUUCAGUCUCUCGUGUUGCUUAAAUUAGCAAGGAAAUCAACAAUUGUCCAUCAAGCAACCUGUCAAUGACGUGGGAACGGGAUUGCCCCUUUUAAGAGAAAACUUGACUACUUAUGAUAGGACCAUCGGAAGCUAAAGAUUCUCCUGCACAACUGCUUCUGGAAGGUUAACAGUAUUGGUCAAUGAUCAUUCUUUUGUGCAAGUAGCAUUUUGCACCAUUUUUUACGUAGUGCUUGGCAACAGCACUAGUAUGGGAAGCCAAAAUGUUCCUUUAGCUACACAUUCUGUUUAGACUGGACUGAAGUACAGCACAUUGAAGUGUACAAACUGCGAAAUCCAAUGGGUGCAUGCAAUGCAGUAAUAGACGUGUAUAGAUUGUAAGCUUAAAUAAUCGGUAUAGAGGAGGGAGAGAUGAGGCUGUAUUGAGCUGAUUACAAGCUAUAUAAAUCAGCUGUUUGUUGUGACCUUUUCAGCAACGUCAGGUUUGUUCAGACAUCAUAGCCCAUUUCAGCAAAUGAGAUCUGCAAAUGAUGUGGAAUGUGUAUGAUUCUAGCUGACCCCAGUUGCUUUGUAAUAAGUUAGUAAACCUGGAAGUCGCCGACCACAACAGGUUAUCUGUUUUUGCUGUUUUAACAUAGUUAUUUUCUGUUUAA